AUGGAUAGUAAACGUCGAGAAGCUUGUGAUGUUCAAAUGACACUAGCUAAUAAGGGAUUUACAUUCUCGGCUGAAGAAAUACAGGAAAUCAUGGAAGUUCUUAGUGGAGUAUCUCUAAAACUAAUCAUAACUAAUGUUCCUCUUGAAGUUUUCAAGUAUAAUGUUGCACAGGUAUGCUUCGAGGACCUAUUUAGGUCUUUUGACAGUCAGUCCAAAUUCGUAUACUUGCCGAGUUUCCAAAGAGUUCUAAUUUACAUGAACAGACCAGAAGCUGCAUUGUUGGCACGUUUGGAGACCCAAGGGUGGAUGCUUCCUGAACAUGUAUAUGCUAACAUACCAAACAGUUCAGUAAAUUCUAAUAGUGGUGGAAUUAAUUGUUAUAUUGGGAAUUUCGAAGAUAGUAACGACAAAAAUGAAAUUAAUCAAGUAGAGGAGUGCGAUUACUGUGAUAAUCCAGAAUGCACGGUCGAUUCUGAUGAGUACUUUGGUGAUGAUCGAACCGAAGAUUGUAAAGAGAAUACAGACUUUCAAUCGACUUCACUCGCCAACAAUAAACUGUUAAAUCAAGAUGAUGUAGAAGAAAAUCCAGCAGAAUUUAUUGCAUCACCCAUAUCUCCUAUUGUUAAUAGUAGUCGCAAUUUUAGAAACCAGAAGGAAAUGUCUCCAGAUAAGACUACUUCUGAAUUCAAAAAUAUAAGCAACACGUCUGGUGAAAAGAAUAUAGAUGUAUUGUUUUUUUCAAACGAACUUUGUAAACAUGGUAAAUAUAGGCGACGUAGUUUGGGUUGUUCAAUGAAACAUUUAGCUCCUCCAAAACCAUGUCGAUUAUUCUUACUUUCUCCGCCUGCCUCACCUCCUGUUGGGUGGGAACCAAAACCAGAAUGUGAACCUGUUAUCAAUUAUGAACUUUUACAUGCCUUAGCUUCAUUAGCACCAGGUGAGGCAUUUGAAUUGCACCCACGUGACCAAGCUAACCAUCACCCAAGUAUUGUGAUAACACCAUGUGAAACUGGUUUAGCGUAUGAUAAAGAUGUGAAAAAACUUCGAAUAGUGCAAACCAAGUGCCCAGAUCGUAAAUGUUGA